UUUUUAAAAAAAUGAAACGAGAAAAUAAUUUUAUUCUUCACUACUUUUUUCUAUUUAUUUGCCUUUUUUCAUUUUCUAAUGCGAGUAUCAGCGGCUAUAGUGAGACAGCAGCAGUAGAAUCUUCACCUACAAUAAAUUGUGGAGACAUUGAUUCAACAAGUGAAGCUAAAGCUACUGAUUCUAAUCCUUUCUGUGUUUAUCCAGCACUUGUUGGGGAUCACCCGUCUCCACCAAAGAUUGAUAAAAAUAGCCAAGGGCCAAUAAAAUCGUUAGACUUUGAAGCAAAAACACUAAUUAUUUAAUGAUUAAAUUUUAAUUGAAUUUAUAUAUGUAUAAAAUUUAAAAAUAAAUUUAUUAUUUGUUUGUUGAUCAGAUUUAUUGAUGUUUGAAAGAAUUAUAAUAUUUGUUAAUAUGGUG